AUGGCUUCAGCAUCACCUUGGCAGCUAUUUAACACGUCCUGGACUCUACAUCGCCUUUCGCCACUACACCACAAGAAAGAUUGCAACACACUUCUCGACAAUCAAUCUGCCCUGAAUACUUACGCAGCAAGAUUGCGUGACCAAUUAACUGGCGAUGUCCUAGCCGGCCUCCAGGCUACAAACAGCACACUAGAUGAUGAUGCAUUAUCAAAAACAGGUGCUCUCAAAGAAUGUACCUGGCAAUCCAUCACAUCCCCACGCGCCGCAGCGUCAGGUAGACGCGCAACUUCUACCUCUUUCCCGGGAAUCCUGGUGACAUUGACGUACGAGAAUAUCAUUUACAAAGCCGCUCUCCUUGCAGAGGCGGUUUCCAAUUCUAGACGUGGCUCUGCACGCAGCGGAUCAACUUUUCUGCCUUUAUUAUUGACGAAGUGCCCCAAUGCCUUGCGUCAGACAUUUAUAUCUUUCUUAUCCUCUAAUUUCGAUGCAUACUGUGCUCCUCUCCGUCUUCCGUCACCUUUUCUCUGUACAGGACUAGAGGCCUUUAUCGAUGAAUUACGCAGUCGAGCGGGCUCUUCGUCCGACGAGACGGUCGAAGAUGUAGUCAAGGAACUACAACUUACACUUUCGUUUUCGGCGGCUAUCGCUCCUGCACUGCGAUCGCUGAACGUCGGUAUCUCCCGAUCAUCACUAGCUGGGUUCUUGCAUAAUGACGAGAACAAUUCAAAACGCACUCUGAACCAAAAGUUGCGAUGUCCUUUGAUUCCAAAUCUUACUUCUUAUCUGGAGACGCAUUUGGCGAUGCAGCUUGAUCUAUAUGGAUCUUCUCCUGAUCAGAUUGCAAAACAACAUGUUCGAUUGUCUAAGGUUACAUGCGCAGCUUUUGUUUUGGGGAGCGAUGGACGUAUGAAGCUCGUUGUGGAUUCUACUCGGUCUGAGGGACAGGGAGAGGAUGAGCGUGUAGCGAAGGAUCAGGCUGCGCUUCAUGCUAGUGAGACUUUGCUUCGGGCUGUUAUUAAGAAGGCUGUUAUUCAUGAUCAACCGGCUACAUGA